CUUCCUGGUUUGAUUUUUCACAGUAGAAAUGAAGAAGGGAAUACAUUACUGUUUAUAAUGUCAGAUCCAAACUAUGUGAUAAAAGAAGGAGAGAUAACUAUACGAUGUGGAAUUUUAAAACAGAAGAAUAAAAGAUAUUGCAAACUAGUUAAGAACAAUGAAUCUUUGAUUCUAAACUGCUAUGACAGCAAAGGAAAUACUGGUACACUAAAGCUUAGAAAUAAAUUCAAGCUUUCUCGUGUCAAAGGUUUUGAUAAAGUGAUAAAAGAAUUUUCAAAGGACUUUUACAUAGAUGUUUAUUUGAAGAAACAGAAAUUCUCACUAUUAUUCUCCAACCAAACUGAAACUGACAGUUGGUACAAUUGUUUACAGAACAAUGCACAAGUUGCCGUCGGUAAUGAAGAGUUGUCCUCUGUUGUUGAUGAUGAUGAUGAGUCUGAGACAGGAAUCAAAGAUAAUGUUUUAUAUGAUUCUGGACCGGAGACCACUGCUAAGUUUGAUGUGAAGUUGAAACAAAAUGAAGAUACAGAAAGGCUUGGCCUGACGAGCACAUACCGCCUUUAUGUAUCAGAAGUGUGUCUUAUGUUAGAGGACGUAGUAACAAAAGAAGCCAAGUACAGAUGGUAUUAUGAUGCAUUGAGAAGAUAUGGUAAACAAGACAACGAUUUUGUGAUACAAGCUGGACGUAGAAGUGAAACAGGUGCAGGGACAUUCACGUUCAUGUAUGAGGAUUCUUCCGCAAUCACCAAAUCAAUUGAUAGACUUACUAAAAGGAGAGCUAGUGAACAGUUAACAAAUAAACUUAAUUUUUCACAGUCUGAAACAAAAAUACCAUCAUCAAACCGGAUGUCAGAACCCAUACCGAGGACUGAAAAGUCACCUCCUCCAACAAAGCAGAUAGAAUCAGUGGAAGACAAAACAGAUAUUACAGCAUCGACUAGAUUUCAGUAUCCUCAUCUUGCCUCUUCUGCCGAAUUUAAACGUGAAUUACAAAAUAAAGUUAGUGGUAAACCUAAAUCAAUCGGUGACCUUUCUAGCAAGAGUAAUAUGGAAAUACAAAAAAGCAAAGAACAAAAAAACAUAGAAAAGGAGAAAGGAUUAGAAGCAAUUUCAAAAUCAAAAGAUAAAAAGCUUAAUGAUAAAGCGAAACUGGAAGUCACCAUAGAGGAAAAUGACGAGGAUUCAGAAAAUCUAUAUGAUGAGCUCGAACUUCCCCUUGACUCGAACAAAGUUGCUAAGCCUCUUUCUGAGAAAGCUGUCAAGGGAGAUAACCCAACUAAAAAACGUGCUUCCUUAAGUGACAAAAAACAUGUUCCAUCCGAACCAUCUGAUGCACAUGUGUCCCCUGAGGAACCCGAGGAACCUUCAGUCUAUGAGGAUGCACAAACAUCUCGCCAGGAAGCCUGGAAAAAUCAGGGGACAGAGGAUGAAGAGCAUGUGGAAAAUUAUGAAUUAAUAAAGGCUGGUGCAAGUCAAAACGCCCUCAGUAAACCAUUUGAGGGGGUAACGAAUAAUGAAGAGGAAAUCGAUGAUACAUAUGAUCAUGCAUUCCAAACACAAGAGAGCUUAAAAAAAGAAAACAUUGCAAACGACUCUAAAAACGUUUACGGUACUUCAAGUGGGAAGGAUAUUUCAGAAGUAGUAACAGAGGUUGAAAUAUGUGACCCAGAUUAUGAAUGUAUUGAAAAUUAUGAAGGCCUUUACUCAAAACAGAAAUGUAUUCCCCAGUCAGAAGCGAACGAAGAUACUGAUGAAGGCCUAUAUUCAAAACAGAAAUGUAUUACCCAGUCAGAAGCGAACAAAGAUACUGAUAUAAAAUUAGAAAGCUAAAAAUCAGUCAUACUGGGAUAAUCAAUUCAAAAUAAUGAAUGUGUUAAGAUAUUUGAUAGUUGUUAAAUAAUGUUUUACACAAUGUACCUUAAACUCAUCAUAUUUAUCAAGAUUAUCAUUUGUAUGACAGCUCGUUUUUCUUCAAAACAUUCAUCAUUGACACUGAAAUAAAAAAAAAAGUUAAAAAAGAAAA